AUGGAUCGAGCAUCUAUUGGUGACUUCGAUUUCUCCCAGCUUCCCCGGCGUUGGGCUGAGAAUAUCUUUCCUUCGGGAAGUUCUUCAAUGUCGGAUGAGAUCCACGAUCUGAUGAGGGCCCUUCGGAGAGGUCGUUCGAACUGGUCUACAUUUGAUCGAACUCGGAUUAAAAAGGUCCUCGCCUUGCCGGCGGGGACCAAUAAAGCUCCUUCGGCCGAGGGGUCUGAAGGCGAGACCGAUCAUUCCCAAGAGGUCGUAGCGACUCCUUCUGUUCAAACUCAGUCUUCAAAUCGGCUAACUAGGCAGCUUGUGAGAAGAUCGUCGUUUCAAACUUCUGGGUUUGCAUCGAGGGACAGAGCUUCCGGAAAAUCUCCCUUGAUCUCGGCACAUGAUUCCGACGACGAAGAUGUUUCAGGAGAGACUCGACCUCCUGUCUCGUUGAGUCCUGGCUCAGAAGACGAGACCGUGGCGGCGACUCGUAAGCGACGUCGAUCAUCGGAAGGUGACUUGCCCGGUCCGUCUCGUCCUAGGUUUGCUUCUGAGGGAGAUGGCUCUUCGUUUGCGGCCCAAAGCGACUUAAUUUCCCUAGCUGGUCGCAUGAGGUCAGCGGGUUGUCGUCUCCCAUCUCUCGCUUCCUCAGUCGAGAGGGAAGCCUAUGCCAAGGUUGCUGUGGCGAGCUCUAAGGUGAUGGAAGCUUUUAAUGAGUACGUCGUGAUGAUGGAGGAUCAUGUCGUGGCUUCUCGGAACGACAAGGAAAUCGAGAGUAUUGGUUCUGAGAUCAAGAGGCUUUCGAAGGAGCUCGAAGCGACCAAGCGAGAAGGGAAGAAGGAUGCCGAGAAGAUCGAAGCUUUGACUGAAGACUGGAGGAGAGUUCAUCUGGAGAACGAGGCUUUGACAUCCCAGAUAGUUGCUCAAAGAGCAAGAAUUGCGGCGCUCGAGGUCGAGAGAGAUCGGGACAUUCGCCACACUUCUCGUAUUGCUCGUCGCGAUAUUGCGGCAAAGUAUCAGGAAGUUCUCAAAUCUUUGAAGGGUAGGUGGGCGAGCAAGAAGAAGGAAGUGUCUGCUGAGAUCCAGCUACAAGAAGUAACCGCCAACAUCGAUCUCCUGAACGAGCUUUGGGAUGGGGGCCUGACUGUGGAUGCGGAGCUUGCACGAUUAAAGGGAAUGGAAGGAGAUUGUGAGGAUCUUGUCGCCCUAGCCGCCGUGCCGGAUUGGUCGAUCUCUAAGCUCGAUCUUCCUCAAGUCUCAGAUGAUUCGGUGGAUCAAAUCGGGGGGUCGUCUGUCUCCGAUGAUUCUGUUUCUAGUUAG